AUGCAUCGCGAGAUCGCCACGUGGCACAAGCGGCUGGUCGACCGAGGGUACGCCAAGGACGGCUACGUACAGCGCAUCGACGCUGAUAUGUGGACAAAGGACGACGAGGCCUACUUUGGCUAUAGCUGGACUAGGCAGAUCUGCCGGUUUGGGGAUGUGCGGCUAAGCUUACCUAGCCUGCCUCACGGGUCUACCGGCCCAGCGACUUUGCAGCGGAUGAAUAUCCUCCCUUGGUUCGUUGCGAUCGGGGAGGAUCACCAGACACUCGACACAGCGGAGUCGGGGACCUGGGAUGACCUCUCACGCUGCCAUCGGGAUUUUGACUCGGGUACCAAGACGCCGUCUGGUCUACCAAAUAGCGCGUUCGGUGGCCGGAUGGAUCAUAUCUUUCCUGCGACUGUGCGGCUAGGACGCUUAGGUGCAGUGUCAGAUGCGCUUAUUGGCCAAACGCGGUGGGAUACUGUUGAUGUACGGAGGGAGCUAGAUAUCUUAUUUGGGGAGAGCGAUGAGGCAGCGUGGGGCUAUAUCCGGGGCUGGCGACGCAACGCCCAGCAGCUAUACCAGAAGGCGUUUGAAAACCUUGUGGCGGCUGAGAAGCAGGCGUUUGGGGAGGAUUCCUACUUCCACCGGCGGGAGCUAGGUCAGCCGACAAUCCCAGAGUUCAUCACCGACGGUGUCCAGUAUACAGAGUUCCAGUAUCCCCCUGGCAUUACGGAACCCGCUAGUACUAAAGUGAGUGGCCUAGCUACUAGUGCUGAAGACAUGGAGGAUAGUGACCCGAUGGAUAUAAGUACUAUAGAGGAAUCAGUAUAG